CCUCGGCUCCUCCUGAAAGUAUCCGUUCCGUUCCCCUUGGUCCUUUCCUUUCGAACUCGUCUUCCCCCUUCGCCUGCGCCGCCACACCAUGCCGUCACGCUCCCGUGCCAGGGGGCGGACGCUGCAGCCGGUUGUGCUGGACGAUCUAUUAGAGGGUGUCUUCGACGUCGACUACGGCGAAGCGGACCUGGAGGGGGGCGAGGGCGAGGAGGAGUCCGAUGAUGACGGAGGCUCGGAGGAGGAGGACGGUGAAGGAUCCAGCGACGACGACGAUGAGGAGGAGGAUGAUGAGGAGGAAGAGGAGGAGCAGGAGAGGGAACAUUUUGUCGAGGGAGGGCCAUCCACCCGAGCUAGGGUUUCCGCGGUGGCGGCUGCCGACGCCGCGGCGGAGAGGGCGACCACGCCCACCUGCCCCGUCUGUAUGGAGCCAUGGGCUUCCCAGGGCCCGCAUCGGAUCAGCUGUAUCCCGUGCGGGCAUGUCUACGGGAGAUCUUGCUUAGAGAGGUGGUUGACCCAGCGUGGGAAUCGAAGUGCAACGUGCCCUCAGUGUAGCAAAAGGUUUAAACAGAAGGACAUCAUCAAUCUCUAUGCACCAGAGGUCACCGCUCCAAAAAAUGAACUUGAAAAGGAAAUUUCAUAUUUGAGGGAGAGAAAUGAUUCCCUGGAGAAUAAGGUUUUGCACCAUGAUAAAUUGUUUGAGGAGAUGACCAAGAGGCAGAUUGUUCUGGAACAGGGAAUAAUAGAUGCUGUUAGCUUAAAGAGACAGAAAGUGGCAGAGCAUUCAGAUAGAGCUGUACAUCUGGAGCCAUCUACCUCGGCCACUGUAAGCUUUUGCUCACAGUAUGAAUUAUUUUUGGAUGGAGCUCGAGUCAUCGGCAUAGAUGCAUCUAACCAAAUAAUACUUGCUUCUGGGAGGGCAGCUGCUGUAGGUGCUGAACAUGUUAUUACCAAGAUUAGCAUGGGUUCUGCUCAUGAACCGUUCAAAGUCCACCUUCCUCCCGAUACCAAAGCUAUUAGGGAUAUGUGUAUCCUUCCUGGUGGCUCUGCUAUUUUUACAUCAGUAGGAAGGAAGUUAUCACUUUUCAGCAUGACAACAGACAGUGUCGUCCUUCAGUGUGAUUUGCCGGUCCCUGGUUGGUCGUGUUCAGCAGAUGUAUCUAGUUCACGUCAUAUUUAUGCUGGUUUGCAGAACGGCAUGCUUAUGGUCUUUGAUGUCCGUCAAACUACAAGACCCUUGCAUUCUAUGGUGGGGCUUUCUACGAAUCCGAUUCAUACGCUCCACUCUGUCAUUGAUAAUAAUGGUUGCAGGAAGAUUCUUUCAGCUUCCGCUGUAGGUCCCUGCAUGUGGGAUGCUGACAACAAUCAAAGCAGGCCGCAUUUGCUAACUGAGAUGGACAGUCAGCGUGUAUGCAUUUCCCUUGCAUGUGCCCCUCCAUCAAGCGAUGUUUUGGUGGCUUCCUUCCGGCCCAAAGUUGAGGCAUCAGAAGAUGCUACUGCAUCUCAGGUGUAUCUAUCACAGACGCCAACACGCCCUGUUGGUUCAGGAAAAUUGGGGCAUCAUGCCCUUGUCAGGAGGACAGGUAAUGCAUCCUUCACCGAAGGCCCAACAUGCUAUGCCAACGUAAGUGAAGUACGCAUGUCAAAAUCAGCAAUCAUACCUUAUGGAGACAAUCAACAUCUCUUCGCCUACGGGGAUGAGUCGCUGCAUGGGGUCCGGACGUGGCAACUACCUUCGUUUGUGAUUCAUGCCGAUCUUUGCGCCCACCGGCAGCCGAUCCUUGAUUUAAGGUAUGCGGAAAGCUCAGGUGGAGGGAGGUACCUUGGAUGCUUAAGCGAGGAAAAGUUGGAGGUCUUCAAAAUUAGUUAGCAUGUCAGGGAGCAUAGCUUUAGUGUACUUGAUUAGCCUUUUGGUAGCUCGGCUCGGCAGUGAUAGCUAACAUAGUACUAGUUUGUACAGAAGAAAGUCUUUUGCUGUGUACAGGUGGUGUUUCUGAAAGGAGGAACGGCAUCUUGUUUUACACUUGUAUAUGCUGAGCUGUUUCAGCAGCGCAGUUAUAAUUAUUUUUUUCUGGUAUGGUCAAUCCACAGCUCA